AUGUCCGGGCGGCCCAGGACCACCUCCUUCGCGGAGAGCUGCAAGCCGGUGCAGCAGCCCUCGGCCUUCGGCAGCAUGAAAGUUAGCCGAGACAAAGAUGGCAGCAAAGUGACUACAGUAGUGGCAACUCCUGGACAAGGUCCAGACCGACCACAAGAAGUUAGCUACACAGACACCAAGGUGAUUGGAAAUGGAUCUUUUGGUGUUGUGUACCAAGCCAAACUCUGUGAUUCAGGAGAGCUUGUGGCCAUUAAGAAAGUCCUGCAGGAUAAAAGAUUUAAGAACCGAGAGCUCCAGAUUAUGAGAAAGUUGGAUCACUGCAACAUUGUCCGAUUGCGUUACUUCUUCUACUCUAGUGGAGAGAAGAAAGAUGAGGUGUACCUCAACUUGGUGCUGGACUAUGUUCCUGAAACAGUAUACAGAGUUGCCAGACAUUAUAGUCGGGCCAAACAGACACUCCCUAUGAUUUAUGUCAAGUUGUACAUGUAUCAGCUGUUCCGGAGUUUAGCCUAUAUCCAUUCCUUUGGGAUCUGCCACCGGGAUAUAAAACCACAGAACCUCUUGCUGGACCCUGAUACAGCUGUUCUAAAACUCUGUGACUUUGGAAGUGCAAAACAGCUGGUUCGUGGAGAACCUAAUGUCUCAUACAUCUGCUCUCGGUACUACAGGGCACCAGAGUUGAUCUUUGGAGCCACCGAUUAUACCUCCAGUAUAGAUGUGUGGUCUGCAGGCUGUGUAUUGGCUGAACUGUUACUAGGACAACCAAUCUUUCCAGGUGACAGUGGUGUGGAUCAGUUGGUGGAAAUAAUUAAGGUUCUGGGAACGCCCACAAGGGAGCAAAUUAGAGAAAUGAAUCCAAACUAUACUGAAUUCAAAUUCCCUCAGAUUAAGGCACAUCCAUGGACUAAGGACUCGUCAGGAACAGGACAUUUCACCUCAGGAGUACGGGUCUUCCGGCCCCGCACUCCACCAGAAGCAAUUGCGCUAUGCAGCCGCCUGCUGGAGUACACCCCCACUGCCCGCCUGACGCCCCUGGAGGCCUGCGCGCAUUCUUUCUUUGAUGAACUACGGGACCCAAACGUCAAGUUACCAAAUGGGCGAGAGAAACCUGCACUCUUCAAUUUCACCACUCAAGAACUGUCAAGUAACCCAUCUCUGGCUUCGAUCCUCAUCCCUGCUCAUGCCCGGAACCAAGCAGCUGCUUCAACCCCUACAAACGCUACAGCAGCCUCAGAUGUUAACGCAGGAGAACGAGUUCAGACCAAUAGUGUAGCUACAGCAUCAGCCUCCAACUCCACCUGAACCAGUACCAAGCAGCCAGCUGCACAGGAAAAAGUCACCAGUAA